AACCAGCAGAGGCUUGUGGGAAGGAGCUGCUGAAGGAUUCUGGGCUCUCCUUGUGUCUGAGGCGCCCAAGGAUUCGAAAUGCUCACGCCAGCCUGCAUUCAGCUUUUAAGGAUUCAUUACAAUUUUAGCUGUUUUCUUUUCAUGGCUACUUCGACGGCAGCCACCUACCGACUCCUUCAAAGGGUAGAACAGACUGUGUGUUUUCUCUCUCCGUGGAAGGGGUUGCAAUUCCGUCUCUCUGGUUGUUUUGCCGUCUUAGCUCUCUGUUAUCAAGCCUAUCAGUUACUGGUCAACAUCCUCCCAAGAACAAGCAUCCAAAGGAGCCGGGAGAGAACAGAAUCAAGCCUGCCAACAAAAAGGUGAAACCCAAAAUUCCUAAAAUAAAAGACAGGGACUCCGCUGAUUCAACACCAAAGACCCAGUCUAUAAUGAUGCAAAUGAUGGAUAAAGGUCGCUUUCAGAAACCUGCUGCAACCCUGAGUCUGAUGGCAGGGCAAACUCUAGAGCUUCGAUGUAAAGGGAAUAAAAUCAGAUGGAGCUAUCCUGCAUACCUUGACACCUUUAAGGACACCCGCCUCAGUGUGAAACAGCACGAGCGCUACGGCCAGCUGACCCUGGUCAACUCCACCGCGGCCGACACGGGUGAAUUCAGCUGCUGGGGGCAGCUCUGCGACGGCUACAUCUGCAGGAGGGACGAGGCCAAAACGGGCUCCACCUACAUCAUUUUCACAGAGAAAGGAGAACUCUUUGUACCUUCUCCCAGUUACUUUGACGUCGUCUACUUGAACCCGGACAGACAGGCUGUGGUUCCUUGUCGAGUGACUGUCCUGUCGGCCAAAGUCACGCUCCACAGGGAGUUCCCGGCCAAGGAGAUCCGGGCCAACGGAACAGACAUCGUUUACGAUAUGAAGAGAGGCUUUGUGUAUCUGCAGCCUCAGCCUGACCACCAGGGGGCGGUCUACUGCAAGGCGGAGGCCGGGGGCAAGUCUCAGAUCUCGGCCAAGUACCAGCUGCUCUAUGCAGAAGUUCCCAGUGGUCCUCCAUCAACAACCAUCUUGGCAUCUGCGAACAAAGUGAAGGGUGGGGAUGACAUCAGCGUCCUCUGCACGGUCCUCGGGGAGCCAGAUGUGGAGGUGGAAUUCAGGUGGAUCUACCCAGGGCAGAAGGAGCUCGUAUUCAUUUACACGGAUGAAAGGCCGGUGACGAUUCAAGACACUUGGCGGCUGAUCCACAGAGGACUGGGCCACACCACGAGGAUCUCCCAGAGCGUCCUGAUCGUCGAAGACUUUGAGCUGACCGACGCAGGUUAUUACAUUUGCACCGCUCAGAACCUCCGAGGACAGACCUCGGUAGCUACCGCUGUGGAGUUUUCCCGGCUUGGAAGAUGAAGUAAAAAUGAAUUGAUGGAAAGCCCACUGGUGUACACAACCCGCCCCAGGGUUCUUUUGACUAGUGCUUUGCCGGAGGCUGACGUCAAGCGCCAAACCCCAGGCCCUGCCUUGUGAGUCAGACCCAGACCUCCAAACUGAAAGGAAGUCACCGGGUCUAAUGAUAGAAGUGUUAAUUCUAACAGAAAGCAUGUAUUCUGACUGCUGACCUACGUAUAUGGGUUUCUAGUGUUUAUACUAAGAAGGCAUAUAUGUAAACAACUUUAUAUAAUCAUUUCUAUUAAACGAGCAAGCUUUUGUAAAAAA